UGUGCACCAUGACGUGCAGAAUGAGAUCAUCAAUGUAAUGGCAGAAAUGAUUAGGAAACAAUUAAGGGAUGAGGUUAAGGACGCUGAACAUUUUGCCAUUUUGGUGGAUGAAAGCAAAGACAUCAGCAAAAAAGAGCAAAUUUCAGUGAUCGUGCGUUAUUUGAACACGGAAUCAGAGAGAGUGGUGGAGGAAUUCUUGCAUUUCACCCCAGCUGAUGGACUAGACGCAAACUCGCUCUUUGCAAGCAUCAAGCAGACGCUCAGUCGGUGCGGUAUUGACCUGAAUUGUUGUGUUGGCCAGUGCUAUGAUGGUGCCUCAGUCAUGUCUGGAUGUAACAACGGAGUCCAAGAACUUUUCAGAAGAGAGGUGCCGCAAGCAGUUUAUAUACACUGCCAUGCUCAUAGGCUUAACCUGGUGUUGGUGGACUGUGUGCAUAAUGUAGAUGCUGCCGCUGAGUUUUUUGAGACGUUGCAAACACUGUACAAGUUUUUUUCGGGGUCAGUGGUGCACGAUCUCUUUCUGAAGAAACAAAGGGAACUUUCAACGGCACAGCGCAUAGAGCUGAAGAGACUGAGUGACACUCGCUGGGCAUGCCAGUAUGAUGCUAUCUGUGCAGUCAAGAGAACUCUCCCGGCUAUCAUCGCUACCCUGCGUGACACUGUUCGCGACAAGAAUGCGAAACGGAGGACAGAGGCUAAAUCUGUCAGUUCCCUUAUGGAUGAGCAGUUUGUUCUGCAUUUAAUUCUUUUUGAGGAUGUUUUUAGAACUACCAAAUUCAUGUCCGAUGCGCUACAGUCUCCCAAUUUCGAUCUCUUGACAGCGGAUGACCUGGCCCAAUCUGUGAUCACGGCCAUAUCGGAGAAACGUACAGAUGACAACUGGGCAGCAAUCCGUAAGCAGGCAGGAGACAUGUGCGUUAAUACCGGGAUAGCUACUGUACAUCGUGAGAAAAGGCAGACCCAAACAGCUAAACAUCUGGAGGGCUUUAUUGUGGAGGCCCCGAUAGAAAGACCAGGCAUGGGCAGCAUGGAUGAACUGAAAACUCAGUCAUUCUAUCCUGUCUUAGACAGGUUGUUAAUGGAACUCCGGCGACGCUUUUCCAUCGAAGCAAAUGGUGUACUGGCAGGCUUGCCAGCCCUAAGCCCUAAUCACCCAUCAUUCCUUGACAAGCAAGUUAUUCUGCCCAUGGCUCGCCAUUAUGGGGUCAGCGAGGAGAAUUUGUGUGCAGAACUCCAUCAAGUUCGCCGGCUCCUGAAAAGGAAGGAAGAGCAAGGAUGCACCAUUAACAGCAACCAGGAGUUCCUAUCCCUUAUGCGGCCUUACAAAGACGCCUUCGUGGACCUCUACAAAUUGAUCUCCAUAUCUCUGACCCUGCCUGUAACAUCUGCGAGCUGCGAGCGCAGUUUUUCUUGUCUGCGUCGCUUGAAGAGCUACCUGAGGAAUAGCAGUGGGGAUGGCCGAACCAGUGACCUUGCACUUCUGGCGAUUAACCCUCUGCGAGCACGGGCUUUGGACAUCGACAGGAUCAUAGAUGCCUUCGCUCUCAACCACAACAACAGGCGCAUUGUCCUGUUAUGAAGACGUAGGUGGAAACUGACACCUGAUCUGCUGGCUUGCCUGGAUUUUGGUUUUUCUUAAGGAUUUUAAGCAUAGUUUUGUGUGCACUUUUUGAUACACUUUUUGAUAUCUUAUUAUUGUGGUUUUGAGUGCCUACUGUUUGGUUUCAUGUUUUGAUUGUGACCUAAAAUAAUAUAAUCUAUUUGAAAGCA